GUGCAGUUGCUAUUCGACAUCUGGGACACAAACAGCAGCGCUCGGAGCAAGAAGAGGAAAGCUGCAAAUUGCGCUUUUAUGUUGUGAAAAGGAGCGAUAAAGAGCUUGUGUUUUCCGUAUUGUGAAGCAUUUUGACGAAAACGGGAUGACACGGUGGCGGGAGGACUUUAGCCCCGCGGCAAGCCAGCUAACAGCUAGCCGUGCUGUGAUUUGUCGCCGUUAGCUGGACGGGGUGAGUUUUACGUAAUAACUUUCUCCACUUUUUUUUUUUUUUUUUUUGAGUCGUCUUCUGCCGCAAUGAGCGCGCUAUGAUCCUCUAUGAUGCCAUAGUGCGAGGAGACGUCAUGACGCCACCUUUGCCACCACCUGAGUUCCAUUUUUUCCCCCUAAAGAGGACAAAAUUCCAGUUUGCGUCCAUUAUGAAGGAACGUCGAGCCGGCGAGUGACAGGUGUGACAGGAGCCCCGCCUGGCUGCCGCCCCCUUCCAUUGGGAGGGCAAACCAUGUCGCUGUCGGGGGGUCACCUGCUCGUCAAACUUGCCAAGCACGCCGUCGGCAGGGCGCACGUCCAGCUCAACCGCUGGCUGCACAGGAACGCCGCCGAAGAGUGCGACAAGAUGGACCUGCUGGCCGACGGGGACCUCGAGGCGGUGGCAGUGGGCGAGGACCCCCUGCCCUCUUGCCCGCCCACCCCCUUCUGCCUGAAGAGCGCCUUGCUGGCGUGCGUCCUCACCUGUCUGUGCUUCUCCUCGGUGGCGCUGGUCCGUCAGCACCUUAAAGACCUCCUGCUCUGGGUGGAGGGUCUGGACAGCCUGGCCGGGGCACUGCUCUUCGUGGUGGGCUUCAUCGGCGUGUCCUUCCCUUGCGUCUGGGGCUACAUCGUGCUCAACGUGGCGGCCGGGUACCUGUACGGCUUCGUGCUGGGCGUGGGGCUGGUGGCGGUGGGCGUGCUGAUCGGGACCUUCUUGGCUCACCUGGCGUGCAAGCGGCUGUUGACGGACUGGGUGCUGCGUAAGGUGGGCGGCAGCGAACAGCUCAGCGCCGUCAUACGGGUGGUGGAGGGCGGCAGCGGACUCAAAGUUGUGGCCUUAGCGAGACUCACCCCCAUUCCCUUUGGGCUACAAAAUGCAGUUUUCUCUAUCACAGACGUGUCCUUGCCAAACUACCUGGUAGCGUCCUCGGUGGGUCUGCUGCCCACCCAACUGCUCAACUCCUACCUGGGCAGCACGCUGCGCACCAUGGAGGAUGUCAUCGCCGAGCAGAGUGUUAGCGGAUACUUCGUUUUCGGGCUGCAGAUCGUGAUUAGCAUCGGCCUGAUGUUCUACGUAGUGCACCGCGCGCAAGUGGAGCUCAACGCCGCCAUCUCCGCCUGCCAGAUGGAGUUCCGAUCUUCCUCGCACGUGAACGGCUCGUGCGCGUCGUCCUCCGCCAACCACGCGGGAUUCUCGUACUGCGGGAAACGGAUGGCGGCCGCCAUUGUCAACGUGGUUUGACACACACCGGACUCUGCGCGGUACGAUUUUUUUUUUUUUUUUUUUUACGAUUAAAGGGACCUCAAGAGAUGUCAAUGAAUUAACACUUUGAAUGUCAAGCGGUUUUGUUUUUCAGCGUCAAACGAAUGGCCACCUAUGCACCUUCUUUCCGACGACUAGCGUCGUCGCCGUAAUACAAAACAGAAUCUGUAAAAAAGGGCAUCGUUCAGUUUUUCGGACUUUGUAGACGAAUGCUUUUCAGUUAAGUGUCUUACGUUCGGGACUGCCGGUUGAGACGGAAAACUCAGGAAUGUUGGAAGUGCGCCAAGAGAAACUUUUCCCGCUCAUUAUUUACGUUGAAAACUUGUACGAUGAGGUUCGUUUUUUUUUUUUUUUUUUUUUUUUUUUAAAGAGUGCACUUCAUUCCCAAAACUAAGCUGAUCAAACACGAAGUUCGAAGCAAAUGUUAUUGUUUUGUGUUUUUUUAAGUGUCAUUAUUUUGCUCUUUUAUUUGUUUUAUGAAUAAUAAGCUAACGGAAACGACAAAGUAGCCUCCGGGCUAUCAUGACGGUAGAAAGUGGUUAAACGUACGGUAUUUUUCAGACUAUAAGUUGCACUUGAGUAUAAGUCGCAAAUGAACAACAGGUUAAAUAAGUGUACGUUAUGCUAGUUUCUCGCUAGCUGCAAUCUUUGUUUCUGCUGCUCGAUUACCGUUUUCGAUUGCAUAUUUCACUACAGGUAGUCCCUGGGUUACGAAUGAGUUCCGUUCCUACGCUGGUGACGUAACCCGAAUUUCUGCGCAAGUCGGAAUUCUUUGAGUACUCAAAAUAACCAUUCAAAAAUCCAAAAGUAUUGUAAUUUGUUUAAUGAUGGAGGAUACACUUAGCCUGGAACUCCAGACUCACCGCUGUUCCAGCUAUAGUCUGGCGACUGUUCAGCGGAUCAAAUCCCAGGGCGGAGCAAGCUACAGCAAACAGGCAGCGGAGUGGACAAAUCAGCGACGGGCUGACGUGACGUUGGUAAAGCGUCAAGAAACUCUAGCACAAGGACGUAAACAUACAAGGAGAGUGGAGAACAGAAAAGUUUAUUCAACAUGGCUAGCGCGAGACAGACUGUUGGUUUUAGUGACUCAAUAAUUUACCGCGGAUAGGCACAUAUUCUCGGCUCUCCCGUUCGCCAUCUGUGUUGUUGUGGAAACGACUUCCGACGCGCAAGAGUGAUGUUGUUCGUUAAGAAUACGUCACGCAAAUAAACAAAUCUGAUAGCAUGGAUGAAUUUCGUUCGGGCUCGAGAGGCCAAUAAGGACCUGGGCCCCAGACUCCAAAGUUGGAACAGCAGUGAGUCUGGAGUUCCAGACUAUAAUACACUGCCCUCUAGUGGCAGUGUUAGGUCUGACUGGACUGUCGCCUUGUAUGACUGAGGAGCAGACUCACAAACUAGGGUUGUUCCGAUCCUGUUUUUUUGCUCCCGAUCCGAUCCCGAUCGUUUUAGUUUGAGUAUCUGCCGAUCCCGAUAUUUCCCGAUCUGAUUGCUGUUUUUUGCUCCCGAUUCAAUUCCAAUCAUUCCCGAUAAUUUUUCCCGAUCAUAUAUAUUUUGGCAAUGCAUUAAGAAAAAAAAGAAUAAAACUCGGACGAAUAUAUACAUUCAACAUACAGUACAUAAGUACUGUAUUUGUUUAUUAUGACAAUAAAUCCUCAAGAUGGCAUUUACAUUAUUAACAUUCUUUCUGUGAGAGGGAUCCACGGAUAGAGAGACUUGUAAUUCUUAAAGGAUAAAUGUGACUUUGUAUAUUGUGACUAAAUAUUGCCAUCUAGUGUAUUUGUUGAGCUUUCAGUAAAUGAUACCGAAGCCAUUUAGCUUCUGCCCAAAUGCAUGAUGGGAAGUGCAACCAUGACUGUGCAUAGUGGUACCAAUUGAUAUAUCUUCUCUGCAUUGGGAGAUAACAUAGGGUGUUAAGAAAAUGAUCAACUACUACCUUUCUUCCCCACAUUGCUUCCCACGAUUCAUAUUGUUGAGAGAGGGAUUGUAAGGCUUUAGCCAAUUAAAAAACUGCUUCACAGGCUGCCAAAAUUCCCUCUGCUCAUUUUACGUUGCCUUUUAGAUCUAUGUAUACGUAAAACGGUGCCAUUAUAGACUGAACACGACAAUGUGUGAGUGGGUAUUGUAAUGUUAUUACCGCUGUUAAUGCGAUAAAUUUGAUAGCCUUACUUUAAGCCAAAACUGAAGACUCUGGAUGAGUGUAAGACAUUUUGUCUGUAACGUUAAAUUAAUAAAAAAAAAAAAAAUACAUAUAUAUACAGUAUAUAUUAAAAAAGGCAUGUCUGACAUUUUUUUGCCGAUUCCGAUACUUUGAAAAUGACGUGAUCGGAAACCUAACCCUAAUCCCACAUCUGACAUGGAUAAAGGAUAGCUGAGCUCUGGUUUGGCACACAUAGGGCUGUAAGUUGUUUCAGCUAAUAUAUCUUUGUCUAUGCAUUUGUAAGUUUAGAGCUACAGUUUGACGAAUUAUGUGUGAGCAAUUUGCUAUGAAAAUUGUAAAUAUGUUUGCGUUUUUAGCAUUAAAGCUAGCUGACUUGUGAGGCAAAUUAGGCUAAUUUCAUCUACUAAAUUUACGUUUUGAUGAGACUAGAUGGACAUUUGAACACUAAUUGUGUUCUGUCAAGUGUUUUGUUAAAAUGCGUGUUGUUUUGAACAUAGGUGUACAUAUGUGUGUUACAGCUUUACAAAUGGUCAAAUGUGAAGGAACUAAAAAGCUUCAAAAAGCACAAUUUCCUUGUUUGCUGUCUGUAAAGCUGAACAACUUCACGUUUAGUGAGGACAGAAGACGUUUUAUCAACAAAGUAAAAAACAAGAUACUGUGAGGUACAAAAAGGUACUGUUUAUGCGACUAACCAAAAACAAAAAAUAACUGGAGACAAAAUGGCGGACCAGACUACGAUGUCGUGAAGUAGAAAUUGCGUAUAUCGAGUACGUCGUAACCCGGGGACUACAUGUACUUGCAGCUUGUAAAAUGCAAAAUAUGAUUUUCUUUUCGGCGCCAUUUUGUUCGGCCUUCCUCAGUUGUUUUUAGUUAUUUUUAUAAGUUACUGCCAAUGUUGAAACACAGGCCUUGCGCGCCCUGUUGUGGUUUAGUGUGAAAAUAACAUUUGAAAUUCUGUAAUACCAUGUUUUUAAUUUCACACAUAAGUCGUCCCAGAGUGUCGUAAGUCGCACCCCCGACCAAACUAUGAAAAAAACCCUGUAACUUAUACUAGUAGUCCGAAAAAUACUGUAGUUGUGAAGACGAGAAUAAAGUCGUAUUGAUUUAUUACAACAAAGUUGGAAAUUAACGUGGGGAAAAAAAUGAAAAUACAUUGUUGUGAAAGUCGCAGAUUUACAGGACUUUGUUGGUUUUUGUUUGUUUACGUUGAAAAAUGUGAAAUUUUUUGCAAACCUUGAGUAUGAAAAACAAUUCUGAGAGAAACACACUUACUAAACAUUACGUCGAGUUGUACAUUUACAGAAGAGAAAAAUAAAAGUAGUCCAAGAAUGAAGUACUUUAUUGGCUAAAAAAUUGCAAAAAUAUGUCAAAUGGGGUGGGAAGCUCUAGGUAGCUCAAGAUAUGCUACUAUUUGCGAUACAAAGCUCACGAUAAUGAUCUCAUGAUAUGGUGAUAUAACGAUCAAUACAAACAAGGUAUUUUCAUCCUUCUGCUGCGAAGUGAAUUAGGUUUAUCACUUAAAACGUAAAAAUAUGGAAUCAUUAGAAACAAAGAAAGAAAUAACAAUCAAAACACAUUUCUUGUAUUUAGUAAUAGCACCACCUCUGGCUUUUGUGACAGCUUGCAGUCUCUGAGGCAUGGAUUUGAUGAGUAUUCUUCAUCAAUUUGGUGCCAACUCUUCUUUGAUUGCAGUUGCUAGAUCAUCCAUGCAGGUCGGAGCCUUGCUGUGGACCAUUUUUUUUUUCAAUUUCCACCACAGGUUAUCAAUAGGGUUGGGAUCUGGGCUAUUUGCAGGCCGUGACAUUGACUGGAUGAGUCUUUCUCCAAAGAAUGCUUUAACAGUUUUAGCUCUGUGGGAUGAUGCAAAUGAUAUAUUUUCAAUUGAAGGGAUAAGAAAGCUAUCUAAAAUUUCAAUGUAAACUUGUGCAUUUAUUGAAGAUUUAACCACAGCCAUCUCCCCAGCGCCUAACAUGCAGCCCCAUAUCAUCAAGGACUGAGGGAAUUUUGAUGUCUGCUUCAGGCAAUCAUCCUUGUAAAUCUCACUGGAACGGCACCGUUUUCCGAAAUUUCCGGGUUCACAGUGAGUCAGCAACAGGCACACUUUUGCGAAAUAUACGAUGUUUAUUGAUUAGAAAAUGCAGGAUAAAUGAGAUUUAUUGAUUACAAUCCCACAAGAGCGGGCAAACACACAUCAAAACAAGAACAAGUGGUAACGAUGACGUUAGAUCUAGUUUUUCAAUCCCAGAUUCCCCGUGUUACCAUUACAGCACAACAAACUGUUCCUUAACAAUGAAAAUUGCUUACCGUUGACAAAUGAGCGGGGAGCCAACGCUCUGGCAAAGGAACAAAGCCAAGCGACCCGUACGUAAUCCUCUGGCAGACUUCCGGGGUCGCCUUAAAAUGUUCGUUUCUUGUAGGAACGCGCCCGUGUGGGUGGGGACGGCCAAAACCCGCCCCCAGAAGGCUCGCACCCAGCCCAAUGACAAAUAUUAAAGCUACUUUUGGUUCAGCCCCUUGAAAAAGGGCUUCUCACAUGGUAGCAAGCUGUGCCGUCCUGGCAACAGAUGUUCUGUCCCCGCGGUAAAUAUUAUGGGUGCAAAACAAGUUAUCUCGUGAGAUUCCCUCCUUAUUAUGGAACCCAAGGUGAAAAGCAAUAACAAGUUGUUACAAUCUAAGUCACAGAGGCAAUCUUACAAUCUAGGUCACAGAGGCAAUCAUACAUCAAAAAGGCAUAAUGUGCUAAUGUUAAGGCAUCACAUAAUAUUUUCUCCCGUCAUUCCGCCCUUUGACCCGGAUUGAAUUUAUCAUAAGGCAUAAUGUGCUAAUUCACUUCGGGUCACAUAAUGUUUUCCCCAUCAGGCACUAAACAAAAGUUCCAGCAUCAUCACCUUGUCAAGAGUCGUCCAAUGCAGAUUCUUGACUCUUGUCAAGGUGAUGAUGCUGGAACUUUUGUUCGGUGCUGUUCCAGUGAGACCUUAAAUGGCCCAAAAAGCUUGUUUUUCUGUCUUUUAGCUGUUUGUAGAAUAUCCUAGAAGGAUUUCCUAAACAAUGUAUUGACACUCGUCAUAUCGUCAGAUCAUCGUUAUCGUGAGCUUUAUAUCGUAUAUCGUAUCGUGAGAUACCAAGAGAUUCCCAAUGAAAAAAUACGAUUUCAACUUAAGAUUCACUUUUACAUUUAAAAAACCCCCAAAAGGAUUAAUAUCGCUAAAUGAAUUGUAUAACAUUUGUAUAUUUUUUUUGUAGUCGUGUUUUGCUUUUUUAGUCAUUUUUCGGGAUGAAAACUGGAAAUUCGAUUACCUCCAUCUUUUUUUUUUUCCGUAGUAUUUUCUCGACCACAAACUGACAAUCAAUACAAUUUAAAAACAAACCAUGAAUGUGCGGAUAAGCUUCUUUAAUUUUAUUAUUUUGCCGUAUUUGCAAAGUGUUGUGAAAAACACACAAGGGCUCCUCCGUGAGAUUUCCAUGUUUUAUUUUUGUGAUUGCCGGCUGGUUGAAGGGGCCCCCUCCUGUCUUGACUUUAGCAAUAAUAUUUGCAUAACCUACUGCAAAAAAAAAAAAAAAAAACACACAGAAAAAUACGUGAAAUAUUAAUUUUCUAUAGUGAAUUUUGGGGAGAGCGUCCACAUUCCCUACUUUGCCUUGUUUGCGUCGCGCUGCCUCAUCAAUAUUAAUGAGCUGCGUGAUGAUGUCACAACAUAUUGUGAUUGGCACACACACAAAUGUAUUAAUAUUUUACUGACAAGUGCGAAAUAGUAUUUGAUUUUUGUUAGUAUUAACUGACGCAAAAAAAAAUCUUUUGGGAGACUGUAUGAAACGAUGUGGUAGUUAUGCAACACGUGACUCAAAGGGACGACGACGACGCUUCCUCAGUCUGUAUUAAGUGCAUUACUGUACACACAUGCUGUAUUUUCUUAUACACAGACAAUUUAACAGUGCGUAAAUAGAGAUAGACAAUAUAAACGCAUAUAUGUAUGCGGAUAUUGAAGCACUGUGUAAUGCUUUGUUCAGUGUUAUUUAUGAGACAGAGAUUAAAAUGGCUUUUAUUACA